GAGCCCUGGGCCCUGAGCCCUCAAUCCUGAGCCCUGCCUCCCGGCCCUGGCCCCGCUUCCCAGGCCUGCACCGCGCCUCUCUGCCCAAGCCCAAGCCCCAGUCCCUCCUCCACACCCGAGUCCGAGCCCGGCGUCCCAGAUCCGGACCAGCCUGCCUGGGGCGGAGCUGCACCAGGUGCGGGCCGGGGCGUGGCAGGCUUCUCAGAGCACCAGGUGCGGCUUCUGGGUCAAGAUGGCCGCUUCCGGCAGCUCCGGAGCCGGGCUCCUGCCGUGCCGCCGCCGCUGCCUUCCCUCCGGGGCCCCUCUGCUGCGCGUCGCCCUCUGCCUCCUGUGCUGGGCCCCGGCGGCUGUGCGCGCAGUUCCCGAGCUCGGGGUCUGGUUAGAGACAGUCAACGACAAAUCAGGACCUUUGAUAUUUAGGAAAACUAUGUUUAGCUCUACAGAUAUCAAGUUUUCUGUUAAGUCAUUCCAUUGUUCUCCGCCUGUGAAGUUUACCAUAAUGUGGCAUUUGAAGUAUCAUACCUGUCACAAUGAGUAUUCUAAUCUGGAAGAGCUGUCCCAAAAACAUGAACUUCAUGUUGAUGAAGACUUUUGUGAUCAUUAUUUCAAGAAUGUCAACUGUUGGACAACAAAGAAUGAAAACUUAGAUUGCAACAGUGAUUCACAGGUGUUUCCCUCUUUGAAUAAUAAAGAACUAAUAGAUAUCAGAAAUGUUUCAAACCAGGAAAGAUCAAUGGAUGUGGUAGCCAGAACACAAAAAGAUGGGUUUCAUAUCUUUAUUGUUUCCAUUAAAACGGAGAAUACAGAUGCCAGUUGGAAUUUGAAUGUUUCUCUUUCUAUGAUUGGGCCUCAUGGAUAUAUCUCUGCAUCAGAUUGGCCCUUAAUGAUUUUUUACAUGGUGAUGUGUAUUGUUUACAUAUUAUAUGGCAUACUCUGGCUGAUGUGGUCUGCCUGUUAUUGGAAAGAUAUAUUAAGAAUACAGUUCUGGAUUGCAGCUGUUAUUUUCCUAGGAAUGCUUGAAAAAGCAGUUUUUUAUAGUGAAUACCAAAACAUCAACAGCACUGGACUGUCAACCCAAGGUUUAUUGAUAUUUGCGGAGUUGAUUUCUGCGAUUAAGAGGACAUUGGCUCGCCUCCUUGUGAUCAUUGUGAGCCUGGGCUAUGGCAUUGUGAAGCCUCGUUUAGGAACAGUCAUGCACCGGGUGAUUGGACUGGGGCUUCUUUACUUAAUCUUUGCAGCUGUUGAAGGCGUGAUGAGAGUCAUUGGGGCGAGUGAUUCUGAUCUUGUUCUUCUGGCCAGCCUCCCGCUCUCUCUCCUUGACUCUGGCUUGUGCUGGUGGAUUUUUAUAAGUUUGGCACAAACUAUGAAGACUCUAAGGCUAAGAAAGAACACUGUGAAAUUUUCAUUAUAUAGACACUUUACAAAUACUCUGAUCUUUGCCGUGCUGGCUUCUGUAGUAUUUAUGGUGUGGACAACUAAGACAUUUAGAAUUGCAAAAUGCCAAUCAGAUUGGAUGGAACGUUGGGUUGACGAUGCAUUUUGGAGCUUCCUUUUUUCACUUAUCCUUAUUGUAAUCAUGUUUUUGUGGAGACCAUCAGCAAACAAUCAGAGAUAUGCCUUCAUGCCCUUAAUAGAUGAUUCUGAUGAUGAAAUUGAGGAAUUCAUGGUAACUCCUGAAAAUUUAACCGAAGGAAUAAAAUUAAGAGCCUCAAAAUCAGUUUCCAAUGGAGCAGUUAAGCCUGCCACUUCUGAUAACUUUGAUGAAGAUUUGAAGUGGGUGGAAGAAAAUAUUCCCUCUUCAUUCACGGAUGUAGCUCUUCCAGUAUUAGUGGAUUCAGAUGAGGAAAUCAUGACCAGAUCUGAAAUGGCUGAAAAAAUGUUCUCUUCAGAAAAGAUAAUGUGAUUAGAACCCAUAUAAGUGAAAUGUAGUUAAGCUUGAAGGACUAUCCUUCAUCAAGACUGAAAGUGAGCUUUGUUUUGAUAUUGCAUAGCAAGUUUUUAUUGUGUUAUCUUGGAAGUCUGCGUGUCAAAAUGAAGAAUUCAGGUGGCAGGAGGGUUCUGCAAUCCUUUUAAAGUUGACUCUUGAGUGUCAGUUGAAUGUCUAUUAAAUUGGAUUUGGAAAUAACCUAAGGAAAGUAUUAUGAUAAAGAUCUGCACAGAUGCCUCUUAGCGGACAGGUGGCAGACAUGUGGGUUAGGGUUCUCCCUCUUUUCUCUGGAACAUAUGACAAUUCCAGAUUAAAGAAAAAUGUUUUUUAAUAAACAUGUUGGUCUUUUUUCUAGUCACCUUUGAGGUAGAUAUUGUGAUUCUUCUGGACUAUAGUAUAUCUGUGUCUUUAUGUCUUGGGUUUACUAGAUACAAUAAUACUUUCCUUUGACAUUUGUACUGAAGUGAUUCGAUAUGAAGUAAAACUUGGUUAAUGUUGGAAUAUAGGCAUAUUUAUAGGUUUUUGCAACUCCCCCCCCCUUUUAAAAAUCUGCACAAGGCCCUUGUUUGUGAGUCUCAUGCACAUCAAAUGAUGGACUUAGGUCUUCUCUGAGCUCAGGGGAACACAAGUGCACAGAGUGAGAUGUCUUGAGGGUCACAACCAAAGAAUUUCCCUCAUUGUCCCUCACUCAGGCCAUGUGUACGUGUGAUGCUGCUGAAUCUGCCAGGGCGGAUGGUGGCCAUAUGGCUCCCCCAGAGCACUUCCUACGCAGCAUACUGGGAGACCCAUUACUGGUGAACUUCUUGGAAAUUAGAACUGUAUCUUUUGCAUAAUGUUGGCAUAUUACAUUUCGUAUUAAAAACAUAUAUUUAGUUGCAUGCUACAUCAUUUUUGAUUUCAUAAUUAAUUUCUUAAACUUCAACCAUGUUUUAUACCCUAUUUUGUUACAUCAUAUAUUUGUAAUGAGUAAUAUGAAAUCUUUUGCUUUAAUUUCUUUUUUACAAAUGUAGAAUGUUCUAAACUUGAAAGGCAAUUGAAUGUAGUAUGGUGAAAAUGUGAAUGUUUUGCUGCUUUCAUCACCAAAGAUACAGGGCUAGUGGACAUUUAGAAUAGUAAUUAAAGAAUCUUGAAUGUCUUUUCUUUGAAGGAGUUCUAACCUUGUAAAUUGAGAAUGACUUCAGAGAAUUUUGAUUAAGAAAACAUUGAAAUUUGAACCGGCACAAACACUUAAACAUAACCUCCAAUUUUUUUUACUGUGAAGCCACAAAGCAAAUUUUUUUCUUUUUCUUUCAAAAGCCUACCUUCUGUAUUUAUUUCUUGUUUACUCAUUUCAGAGAGAGUAGUAAAGAAGAUCUAUUUCUGGCAGUCAUAUCACUUGAAAGAUAUUGGCAAAUGUAUUUUCACUCCUGACCAUGUGGAAAGUGAACAGUGUUGGCAAACAUUGCUGAGAAAGCCAUACUUUUCAAGAUGCCCUUACUUUGGGAUAUCCUUCCUAGGGAGAAAAAAAGUUUUAACAAUUGUGAAUUCCAUUUCUUAUUUCAGUUUCUGCUGCAGUAACGGGUUCCCAUCCACUGCAGUUCCCAGCAUUUAUGUUCUGGUAUAUUCUCCCCUUAGUCCAUUAACAUUUUUAUGUAAUACCCCACUCCCCAAGUUUUGAGACAGAAUGACCCCCUACUUAUUACAUGGCUGUAGUUGAAUUUGAAAAUGUGGAAUAUUGGGCUUGCAGGCAGUAGGAGCUGCAAAUCUGGUAGAGUGGGAGUGAGGAGUUAAUGGUGAGUACGAUGAUAAGGGAAACUGCCUCUGACAGAACCGCAGUAAUGUUUACCAAAACAUGUCUUUCUACAGCUGGUAGCAUAGUUAAUGCUACCUCUGUAGCUCAGCUGCAGGCUGCACUGCAAACUUUUCUUCCAUCCAGAGAAAGCAGAAUUCCCUCCUAGUAGCCUUAUCACAAAUAUUGUUUCUCAAAGGGCAUGUGCUGUCUGUCAUCUUCAGUGAUAUUUGUGCCAUCUCUUGAUGGCUGAUGACCUGGAUCGAGUAUUUCUGUGGAGGGCCUUCUUAGGCCCCUCACAUACAUGAGAAGGGUACUCUAGUGCCAUAGCCAUAGUUCACAGGAAGGACUCCGGGGGAAGUUAUGCGUAGGGCCACUGAGCAGCUCAUCAUCCUUGCUUCUGCACGAAGUUUCCAGAAACUGGCCAUCAGGGCCUCUGAGGCGCUCAAGUCAGUUUACUUUUAGCAUGCCAGCUAAAAAUAAAGACGGGUCUCCCUGUUAGUGAGGGAAUCUGAGGAUACGGGUCCGGUUUGAUUUUUUUUAGGCAAAAUGCUUAAGUGUUCUGGUUAUGCCAUUUAUAUUAGAUUAAUAUGAUGUGUGAAAUUUUCUUAAAAGGGAAUUUUCAUGAUUUGAUUUAGAUUAGUAUUUAAACAUCUGCUUUAGAUAGCAGUUUUACUGCAGAAAUAAGGAAAAAUUGGUGAAUAUGUGAAUUUUUUAAGCCUGAGAGAUGAUAGAAUGUUCCCAUAUUUUUCCUGUAAAGAAAAUAUUUUAACUUACACACCCUGUAGAAAAUGCCACCCUUUCCCCUUGUAUUACAGUACAAUGUUUACACUACUAUACUGUCAAGACAAAGUAUGAAAAAUGUACAUAUACGUUUUGAUUUAUAUAUCCUUUUUUUAAAAAAAAAAAGUUUGAGUCUAUUGCACUAGGCUGUACUUGACUAAAUUUUGGACAGAUGCUGUGUUAGAUUUAUGAUCACUAGUUCUGGUACUUGUGUCUUUGUAUGAUCAAAGCAUGCAAUAAACAGUACAAAGCACCAAGCCUUAUACUUAGAAGAAGUGUAACAUUGGUUAACAUACUGGUCAAACACAUUGAAUGUAUAUAAGUGGCAAAACUAGAUUUGUAAGGAACUGUACAUUAUAAUAUUGGAGCUCAGUACAGCAUGAAGAAACUUCUUUAAAACUAAGAAAACAUUCAUUUAUUUGGGGAGAAAUUUUAGGAGUGUAAGAAGUUUUAUUUUUCUAUUUUAAAAAGUUAAAUUGUUCUAUAAUUUGGAAGAAAUUUCAUUGAAUGUAAGACAUAACUGAAUGAUUUUCGUUUGAAAAAUUUAUGUAUUUUGUGCCUUAAUAUUUUGUUCUUUUAAUAAAAGUCUUCUGAAAUUUUGAA